ACCACCCACCCCCCCCUUGAAGAGUGGAGCGGGUGCGUGUCUGUGCCAAGGAUUGCCUUGUCAUUGUAUCCAGAGAGAAACGCGUGGUCAGCGGCACCACCGACAGCCUCACUGCAGCAACUGGUACAUGGUGGUGCACAAAGGACGACUUUAAGCCAAGCAUGGAUACUGAAAAGAGCGGCGAGGUUUUGGAUGCGUCAGAGACUCCACAGCAAGAGGAGACUGUAAUGGAAAAAGAGGUUGUGUCAAAAUUGGAGACACCAGAGGAAUCCACGGAGCCUGAGAAGCCACCAGAUGCUGGCGAAGUGACCGAGCAGCUGGCAGUAAAUGGUCAUCAUGGAGAAGUAAUAGACACGAAAGAAACAGAAGAGUUGAAGGUGACAGAAAAUGUGACACUGUCUGAAGAGAAAAAAGAAAUAGAGAUUGAGGACAGCUUGGCCAAAGAAAAAUCUGAAACAGAGUCAGUGCCCGGUGCGGUGUCACCAGCAGAACCAGAUGAGUCAUCUGAAAAGAUCUCUGACCCAGUUGCAGCUUUAGACACAGAACCAGAAAACAUUCAGCCUGAACAGCAGCCCGUGCCAGAGAAUGACCCAGAACCUUUGCCUAUGCAAACGCCUCUGGCAGAGAGAGCCCCUGUACCAGAGCCAGAGAAACUGGCAGAAUCAGUUCCAGAAGCUGAACUACAAGAGCAAACAUUACCUGAACCAGCCACGCUGCACCAGUCAGUGGAUUCACAACCACCGGGCGAAGAAGCGAAAGUGUCAGAACAAGUGGAGACUGAGGCAGAAUCGCAUACUACAAUGGAUACUGGGGCAGAAGAAGUUGCCAAAAAGGGGGAGGCAGAAAACAACGUUGCAGCUGAGUCUACAAAGGAGGCGAAAGAGAAAACACCAGCAGAGACCAUUUUGGAGGCAGAUGUUCCCUCAGAAAAGCCCACAGAAGGUAUGACAUUAAAGGACGAGAAUUCAGCUGAAAGUGGAAAUGGGAAAUCUGCCGAGGACAAGAAGGAAGCGGAGUCUGAUACCCCGAAGGGAGCUGAGGCGGCAGCAGAAGGGGAAGGUGAAGGUGUUAAAUCUGAACAGGAUACAGCUGAGCUUGAAAAGGAGAAAGAUACAGUCCCUGCAUCUGGCUCUCUGUCUUUUGCCCUCCUGGAACGAGAGCAGACCAAAGAAGCCCUGCACGCCUCUCGUACCCUCGUUGUCCUCAGAGGCCUUCCAGGAAGCGGUAAAAGUUUCUUGGCACGUGCCAUAGCUGAUGCCUACAAAGACCACUGCUCUGUCAUCUGUGCUGAUGACCACGGUAUAAAGCCAGAGAAUCCAGAAGCAUCUGUGGAUGGAUACAAGUCUCUGGAUGAGGCUGUGGUAAACUGCUGCACUGCAGGAACAGCUUCCUCUGUGCUGAUAGUGGUGGAUGACACCAACCACACCCAGGAUCGGCUGGCCCGCCUGGGGGAGAUUGCUGAGGAACACCAUCUUGUGGCUGUCUUCUUGGAACCACAAACAGAAUGGAGCAGAGAUGUAGCACAGCUGACCAAGAAGACCAGGCGUGGACUAGAGGAGGCCCAACUGGAAGCCAUGAAAGGUCCACUGGAGGAAAUGUCCAUUCCUCUUUACUUUGGCUGGUUUCUUCUCUCCUCUGUCCAGGACAAGAUUGGGUGCACAUCAAUGGACUUCCUUAAAACGCUGGACACCUUGGAGGCCUUCAAGAAACACAUGAUAGACUUCACUGGUAAAGCUGAGAAAGAGGUGGAUCUGGAGCAGUACUUUAAAGCCAAAGGAACCCUCCAUUGCACUUCAAAACUCUGUAACUAUGGAAAAGCAGAGGGUGCCAAAGAGUAUGCAGAGAAGCCAGAGGUUAAGGAUUUCUAUGGCUCUACAUUCGAGCUGUCACUGAGUGCUCUCUUCGUCACUCCUCGCACUGUCGGUGCCAGAGUGUCCCUCACUGAGGAGCAGCUUCUGCUGUGGCCAGCCGAUGCCGAAAAGGAGGCAGAGUCUGUUGUCCCCGCAGCUGCCUCCCUGCCCCUGGGAAGCCGCGCCCACAUCACUCUGGGGUGUGCAGAGGGUGUCGAGCCAGUUCAAACAGGCCUGGAUCUGCUCGAAAUCCUGGCCCUGCAGCAGGAGGGCCAGCAGGGGGAGCUGGUCGAGGAGAUGGAGCUCGGCUCGCUGACCUAUUACGCUGAAGGAAGGUGGCUGCUCAGCCUCAGAGAGCCCAUCUGCGCCCCAGCCUGCUUCUCCAGCUUCUAUAACCGCAAGGCGCUGGAGCCAACCAAAAAAGAACCUGAGAAGAAAAAGAAGCCAAAGUGCAACAUACUGUAAAUGGCAAACAUGGGGAUGUGUGGCCGGGAUGACUGGUGAAUUAAAACUUAGGCUUACUCUGUGCAAGGUUUGUGUGUUUGUGCAGUGUUUAGGGAUUCAGUAAUAGCCACCCUAAAUCCACAAGCUGUGUGCCUUUUACUGUUGAUUUGCACCACAACCCAAGAUGCCUUCAGUCCAGUUAGGCUUGUUGUUGUCAACGUUCAGUAUCUUGUUUCAUAUAUCAGUGCCAGAGUUGCAGUACCUGGCUACUUGCUGAGGUGUUGUUAGCUGCAGCUUUAGGUAGUAUAGCCUCCUCCCACAGCUCCACAGUUAUCUCAAACUUAGAGUUACUCUUCUAUACAUGUCAGUGUUUCUCAGUAUUCAGAUGUGAAUGAUAAACUAGGUACUUUCAUUGCAUGCAUGCCAGGUUAACAGUAGCAACAUAUUAACACAUUUCUGACCUGCUAAAUGUAGCUCUGCAUCUUUGACAGAAUUGUCUGGUGUUUAUGUUGGCUUAGUUGUAAGUUUAAAAAGAAUAGCCGUCAUUUCUGUGCAAGUGUGUAUGUGUGCACAGCCUAGGAAGUAAUUGUUACAAUAGCAUAUGGGCCAAAGUUAUCUAUUUGAUUAAGUGUAUUAGAGUGAAUGUCAUUUAUAGAGGUUCUUCCUUGUAAUAUCUUUGCACUGUGCAUAGUUUCAAAGGGAGUAUGCUGAUGAAUUUGGCAUCUGUUUCAACAGCUUGCACUUAGUACUUAUCAAAUGCUGUGAAACCAAGUUCAUGUUUUGCAAUCUUUUCUACUGCGCAAGACUGCACCAUUGAUCCCUUUUAUCCUUUUUGAACAGCACUUCAUGUAUUGCAUUUCGACUCGUAUCCUCUGUGACUGUAAUUUUUUGAAGGGCAACUCCUACUUUGUGUAGCUCUUAUGAAUCACUAUUUUUGCACUUGUUUUGUACACUUAAUAAAAAAGAACAUGCUUUGCUCCAGUA